ACAAAGCGCGUGCGCUCUGACACCGCUCGUUACGGUAUCGCAUGUGUGUCCGGAAGAGUGCGGCUCGACGGGUCGGUGUUGGAUGCUCGUCGGUUCGAGGGGCGAUGGGUCUGAUCGCUCGCGUCCGUAAAGAAUGGUUUAUCAUCGGUAUAGUGCUGGUCAUCACGUGCGCCAAGCUCGCGCCGUCCGUGGGAGUGAAAGGAGGUCCUCUUCGGCCGGAGAUCACCAUCACCUAUGUUGCAGUAUCUGUUAUUUUCUUUAACAGUGGCUUGUCUUUGAAAACAGAGGAGCUAGCAAGUGCAUUAAUGCAUGUAAAGUUGCAUUUCUUCGUCCAGACAUUCACGCUAGUAUUUUUCCCCAUCGCCAUUUGGCUCCUUCUCAAAGUUCUGGCCCUAACGGCGAUCAACGAGUGGCUUCUCAGAGGGUUGCAGACGGUUGCUUGUAUGCCUCCUCCUGUUUCCUCUGCUGUCAUCCUAACUAAAGCUGUAGGAGGAAAUGAGGCUGCAGCCAUUUUCAAUUCUGCAUUUGGGAGUUUUCUGGUAAUAUUUUCCAUUCAGUUGAGCUUCAUGGCCCUGAUCUUUUUCUUGUCUACAAGGAAUUCCUCUGGUUUCACUGCGGCCGAUUCGGUAGCCAUCAUGUUUUGUGCGACUCAUAAAUCCCUCACUCUAGGUAUCCCCAUGCUGAAGAUCGUGUUUGAGGGUUAUGAGCAUCUGUCUCUGAUAUCAGUGCCUCUGUUGAUCUAUCAUCCCGCUCAGAUCCUGCUGGGAAGCAUCUUACUGCCCUCCAUUAAAACAUGGAUGAGCGGCAGACAGAAGACUCUAACGCCUGUAUGAGCUACACUGUCGACUGGAAGCUGUGAAACACUUGGCUGAGCCAAACCAGGCCACAAUCAACGAGACCAAAACCAGACCGAGACGCCGAUCAGGCGGAUGGAUACGUGAGAUCAAGUGCCUUAACACGACCCGCGGGACCUCAGACAGGGACUACAGACGAUUCCAUGAGCUUUUUUAAACAGACAUGAAUGUAUAUUUUUAUUUUUAUAUGAAGUGUAAAAUCUUUUCUUACUACAGCGGCACUCAGACUUUGCCAAAUGGAUUUAUUUUUGUUUUUUAGACGUCCAGGAAGAACUCCACAGUCUCCUGUGUUCGUGUUGUUUCAUUGGGCUUUGGGGAUUUUUUACAGCAGUAAAAACUAAAGUGUAAUUGCACUGCUAACAUCCGUGACAUUUACCUAACAAUGAGAGAAUCGACUCAUUUUGAUGCAGUAUAAGGUCAGCUGUUGUGACGGCGACACCAUCUGACAUGUUAUGUUACUGAAGACAAUAAAGAUUGUCAGAAAUUCUGUCUAAAUGAGGCUUUGUGUGCAAACUCUUUCUGAUCAUGUGUCUUGUCAUGCAGAAAAAUGACAAAACAAUUAUGUGACAUU